CAGUCUCUGUCUAUCUCUCUAUCUCUCUAUGAUUGUCUCAGUGAGGUUUCCUUAUUAUUGUUCAUCCUUUGGGAAUGGUUCUGUAUUUUUAUCCCAUUCUUCUCUCUAUGAGCAAAUUACAGAAUAUAAGGGCGAGAUUAACCCAUUGUAUUACUAGUCACCGCUCUACACAAUAGCUAGAUGAAAGAAAGUAAUAAGACCAAGAUUCUAAAUGAUAUUCAUGGUAAAUGAGGAGUUGAGCCCAUUACCUAGUCUUUACCCAAUAUUCUCUAUUAAACUACCCAGCUUCAUCUGAGACCCGAGGUGGAGAACAUGGCCCACUUCUAGACGUUGCUGGAUUGGAACACCCAUCCUGGUGUUGGCCAUGCUAAAAGAGCACUGAUGGGGCUUAAAGCCAGAUUCCUACCGCCAAGUUCCGAAGGAGGUUUAAAGCAGGGACUUGGGGGGACGUUUCUCCCACCCCACCCCCCAAAUUAAGAAGCAACGGAUCCUCUGUUUGGUGGGAUGAAGCAAGGACGCCACGUUCCCCCAGCGCUAUUUCUCAAUUUGAUGCACGUUUGCCUCGUUCAGGCAAAUUAUGCGCCCUACUUCUUCGACAAUGGAGCAAGCAGCUCUAAUGGGAAUAUGGCACUCUUCAGCCUCUCAGAAGAUACGCUUGUGGGUGCACACGUUUAUACGCUAAAUGGAACAGAUCCAGAAGGAGAUCCAGUAACCUAUGCCAUGACCUUCGAAGCGGGAUCAAGAAAAUACUUUGCUGUUGAUGAAAACUAUGGAAACGUUUCUCUGAUUGCAGAGCUUGAUCGAGAGACAGAAGAUGAGAUUGAGGUGGUGGUUAGUAUUUCUGAUGGCUUAAGUACAGUGGCUGAGAAGGUCAGAGUCCUUAUAACAGAUGCAAAUGAUGAGAGUCCAGAAUUUAUCAACACGCCUUACAUCGUUCAAGUCCUGGAGAACACCCCGUCUGGGAGCAGCAUCUUCAGAGUUGAAGCAGUGGACAAAGACACGGGUUCAGGAGGAAGCAUUACUUAUUCUCUGCAGAAUAUCCAUACAAAUAAAUUUACUAUAGAUCGUCAUAGCGGUGUUCUUCGCAUCAAAACAGGGAUCACCCUUGACUAUGAAAAAGCAAGAACUUUUUUUGUUACUGCAGUGGCUAAGGAUGGUGGUGGAAGGCUCCAUGGGAAUCACAAGGUGUUUUCAGCCACAACUACCAUCACGAUCAACGUUGAAGAUGUUCAAGACACCCCACCAAUUUUUGUGGGUACACCCUAUUAUGGGUAUGUGUAUGAGGACACACUGGUGGGAUCUGAAGUCAUAACUGUUGUUGCUAUUGAUGGAGACAGAGGAAAACCUAAUGACAUUCGUUACAGUCUUAUGAAUGGAAGUGAAGGUUCAUUUGAAAUAAAUAAUGCAACUGGAACGGUUUCUGUUGUUAAAAAACCAACUCAGCUGAAGAAAGAAGUAUACGAACUGAAAAUCCAGGCUUCCGAAAUUGGUUCAGAAGACACUGGCCCUGCGCACACUUCCACCACCGUCAUCAUAAGAGUGGUAGAUCUGAACAAUCACCCACCAACCUUCUAUGGAGAAAGUGGGCCACAGAACCAAUUUGAACUCACCAUGUAUGAGCACCCACUGGAAGGUGAAAUCCUGAGGGGCCUCAAAAUUACCGUCAAUGACUCAGAUCAGGGAGCAAAUGCUAAAUUUAAUCUCCACCUUGUUGGGCUUGGUGGAAUUUUCCGUGUGGUCCCUCAGACUGUCCUAAAUGAAGCCCAAGUCACAAUAAUAGUGGAAAAUUCUGCUGCAAUAGAUUAUGAGAAGUUCCAGGAGUUAACCUUCAAGCUUCUUGCAAUAGAAGUUAACACACCUGAGAAAUUUAGCUCAACAGCUGAUAUUGUCAUUCAUCUCUUGGAUACCAAUGAUAACAUUCCCAAAUUUUCAUCAGACUACUACAUCGCCAAGAUCCCAGAGAAUUCUCCUGGGGGCUCCAAUGUAGUUGCUGUAACAGCAAUUGAUCCUGAUUCAGGCCUUUGGGGUGAAUUAAAAUACUCAAUUUAUGGGACAGGAGCAGAUCUAUUCCUAAUUCACCCAUCUGCUGGGAUUAUCUACACUCAGCCAUGGGCUAUGUUGGAUGCAGAAAACAACUCUAAGUACCAUUUUUAUGUGAAGGCAGAAGACAUAGAAGGGAAGCAUAGUUUGGCUGAAGUCUUCAUCACCGUGCUUGAUGUCAAUGAUCACUCUCCAGAGUUCAGUGAGAAUAUUCAGGAAAAAACCAUGAUUAUUGGAUCCCCGGUAAAAGUUGAGGCAAUAGACCAAGAUGCAGAAGAACCUAAUAACAUUGUUGACUAUGCCAUUAUGCAAGCUGAUCCAGCCAAUGUGUUUGAUAUUGACCAAAGCACUGGAGAAAUAAAACUGAAAUCUUACAUACGAUCCUUGGACAUCAUUCACAACAUCACCAAGAAGAAAGAUUGCAUAUGGUCAGUGGUUAUCCAAGCAAAAGAUCGGGGGUCUCCGUCAUUUAGUACUACAGCUGUUCUGAAAAUUGACAUCACGGAAGAGACUCUUCACAAAGGGCCUAUGGCUGCCUUUCUGAUGCAAACUAAAGAUAACCCCAUGAAAGCCUUAGGAGUGCUUGCAGGCAUCAUCGGGGUAAUGGUGAUGAUCAUUCUUUUGAUCUCUACCGCCAUGUUCUGGCGCAAUAAACGGUCUCCCAAGAUCAUGCCAGCACGACGGAUCAUCAAAAAAAGGCAGAAUUAUCAACCUCGGACCAUCAGGAUGGAGUGGUUGAGAUUCAAGAGGUCCUCCAGCAACCCUGCAGAGAAAUUUACUGUCGAAGGGGAGGCCGCCAGUCUGCAAAAUGAGAACAGCAAUAACAGCUCCCAGGUGCUCUCUCUGCCACCUCCACCGCCCUCGGUGCCAACUCCAUUGCAAGCCCCGGUCUUCAAGACCCAAGAUCCCACCUGGAAAUUGCCCACGGUAUCAGGAUCCCUGAGCCCUCAGCUCCUAAAUAAGCAGGGAAAGAAAAAGAGAGCUCUCUUCACAAACCACAGUGCUCUGGUGUCCGAGCUCAAGCAGAGGUUGGAGAUGAGGAAUUCAGCAGUUGGUCAGCCUCACAUUUAAUGCAAAGUGGUGUGGGGCAUACAUAUUUGUGUAUUAUUCCAAGACCAUGGUGUGAUCUAUAAUUUUGUGUUUUGUACUGUUUUCCCAUUGUCCUGGAAGCGCUAAGCCCUUUUGCUUCAUAUCAGUGUUUCACAUCCAUUUGAUUGGAUUGCAUGCCAAGCCUUAUCCUCUUUCCUUUGCAACUGUUUCUCCUUUAAGGUUGUGAUAGCAUGUCGUGCAGAUUUGUUACCUUUUUCAAUCCAAAUUACUCCGGAAAAAAAAAAAAUCUUUUUGCUGCACCCAGAGAAAUUUAUGCUGAUUCUGGCCAAUCUUUUUUAGGGGUUUCCAGUAAUUAAAAAAAACUCAGUUUGAAAGAUAUAUAAAAAUUAAUUUCAUAUUAGGAACUUUCAUAUGUGUCCCAGAAAGUUACCAAGAUGUGAAAGUUUUAGCUGACUCCUUGCAUGCUAGGCGACUUCCUCUGAAAAUCUGACACUACUCAUUAUCAUGUGCAUGUCAAGAAAAUGUAUAUAUAUCCCACAGUGAAGUGUGGCUGAUCCACUUUUCCCCUCAAAGAUAAGUUCUUGAAUGCAGAAUGCAAGGAACCACCACAGGAAGCGAGAAGCUAGUGAUAAAACCAAGAAUGAAAACCACAAGAGACAUCAUAAAGCACCACAUGAGAUGGAAUAGGAUGUGCUCAUAAUUUGAGGAGCUGUAGAUGCUAGUGUUCACAGAGAUGAUGAUGAUGAUGACGAUGAUGAUGAUGAUGAUUUAUACAAUGUAUAGACCACCUGACUCUCAAUGACUCUGGGCGGCUUACAAUUAAAAGUAAAAAGGAAAGAAAAACAAAAAUGAGGCCAUUCGCGGCCCAAAGAGAACAUAUAAAAAAACAAAAGCCCAUCCAGAUGCAACCUUCACCCCAACCCAAAGCCUGGGAGAAUAGCUUUGAUAAUGUCCUGAAUGUCAUCAAGGGAGGAGCAUCCAGAUCUCUGGAGGCAGACAGCAGGCAUCCCAACGGAGAAGGCAUGCUUCCUGGGUUCCACAAGAUGACCUGGUCAAUUGUUGGGACCCAAAACAUGCUCACUAUGCCUGAUCCCACCCGAGGAACAGAAAUAACUGGGGACAGGUGGUCCCUCAAAUGACCAGCCCUUAUGCCAUGAAGGCCUUUCUACUAUGAAUUGCACCUGGAAGCUAACUGAUCAGCAGAGCAGCUCACAGAGCAGUGGGGUCACAUGGGCAUAACAAGGCAUGUCCAUCACUGCCUACACCACUGCAUUCUGCACCAGCUGUAACUUCCGAAAUGGGAGUCAUAGUAGGACAAGAGACCAUCUGAUGGCCUGCAGUGAUGGAAAACAACCUCCAUUUCAAAUGCAGGCUGUAAUUUCCAGCACAAGAAAAGAUAACCUGUUAGGGAUGCAGGUCUGUAGUCCUGGAGAAGUUGCAUUAUUUCCAUAAAUGGUGGCUGCUGUAACAUGUUCUUUAAUGUGGACAUAGUAGAUGUUUUUCUGCCAAGUGAACCAAACCUGCCUCUCUCUCAAGAAGCCCCUUACUUUAACAAGGAAGAGGAAACUUCCCUGGGAAGGAGAGAGACAGGGACUUGUUAUUCCUUGGUAGAGAUAGUAUAGUCUGUACGUUAUCAGAGGUUCCUCCAGUUUUGCUACACCUCAGGUUUGCUGAUUUUCAGCAGGUCCUGGCUCAAAGUCCUUAGCCAAAGGAAAUAGCGCAUUAUCUGAAACAAUGUUAUCACCAAAGAAAAUUCUGUCUUGGCUGAUAUACUCUAAACCAGGGUUCCUCAACCUCAGCAACUGCUGGCUGGGGAAUUCUGGGAGUUGAAGUCCACCCAUCUUAAAGUUGCUGAGGUUGACGAACCCUGCUCUAAACUCUUCAGUGCAGACUUAUUUC